AUGCAUUUCACUCAAGCUACUUCUGCCAUUUUGGCUACUCUUGCUUUCUCUUCUACAGUCUUCGCCGGUGUUCUUAGGACGGCCGAUUCAUUCUGCUCCAGCGCUGCAGGCUGCGUAUGGCAAAACCCAGCUUCUUGGCCAGGUGUUCUUGAGUGCAGCUGCAACCUUGCCUCGCCAGAUGGAACUUCAAAGCUUCUCCUCCAAGGCUAUACUGACUGGAACUACGAAGGAUUUGUCUACAAUGGUUAUUCCACUCCCGGUGUAUGCAAUGAAAUGCCUGCUCUUUUCAACAAGAAUACGGAGUCAAUCAACAUCAAUGUUGAGAACACUCCUGGUUGUUGGCUCUACACCCAACCAGGCUGCCCUGCUGAUCAACCCUAUGCUAUCGUCGACAAGAAUGGUAUCGCACAAAUGCAAGGCAUUUACGACCACGGCGUCCAAAGUUGGAUCUGCGAUCCUUUAACUUCUUAG